GGCAUCGCGGCGGACGCGCCGUUCUGCUGCUCCUGCAAAAAUAUAUCCGUAUAUAUACAUAUAUAUAUAUACAUACAUACACACACACACACACACAUAUAUAUAUAUACACGUAUACAGAUAUAUCAUACAUAUACACAUAUAUAUAUAUGUGUUAUAUCCGUGUGUCUAUAUAUCGUCGUUACAUACAUUGUUGGUUUUUUGCACUCCCUCGCCGUAGGUAUAUUGUAAAAUUUUUGCGCCUAAUAGGUACGUAAAACACACGCAGGCACCUGCGUCAGUGCAUUAAAAAACGCGCGCAGUACAGAAGAAGUUCUCCGGGCCGGGAAGUUUAAUUGGUGAAUGAAAAAGAGAAGGAGAGUUGUAAUAACAAUAAUAAUGACAGUAAUAACGACGACGACGACGACGACUAACAAAUAAACAAAUACCGAGUUCCGAGGAGUCCAGUAUACGGUGCUGCAUAAUUGUUACGUAGACGUAUAUGUCGUAUCCUGUAUACACGAUGACGGUUAAUCCUCGGCGGCGAUGGCUCGAUGUCGCGGAGAAAUCCGGAGGGUUGGAUCGGGAUCGUACCUUCGGAAGCGUGGUCGAGGAUCGCAGCCGAUAAUUGCGCGGUACCGAUCCUUAGUAUCGGGGAAAUAAAUAGAGAGAGAAAUAAAAAACGAACUUCUCGAUCGAGGGUGUGGGACAGGAUAACGCGGAGGUGGAGGUGGAGGUGGAGGAAAAAGAGGAGGCGACGGCGGUCGUCGGGGUGAAUCGAGAUACCCGAGGUAUCGCUCGGGUUAGAAGAGGUAGUAAGUAGAGAUCGGGAAUCGGUGCGAGAUGCGGCCCCUCGACGCCCGGACAUGAUGACUGGUCCCCGCUGAGGAAGGAGGAGGCUGCAGCCAGGAGAACUAUGCGGGGUGGCAGAAUCGGGGCGAGAUGGUGUCUGGGGAUGACGGUGGUCCUGGUACUCGGGGCGGGCGUCUCGGAGGGCCAUCGUCCGGCGCCGAGCAAUCCGGUGCACCUGGCGAACACGCCGUCGCCUUCGCCGGUCUCGACGACGGCUCGGGGGGCGGUAGCGGGGAACGACUCGCUGCACCAUCACCACCACGCGAAGGUCGGCGAUAACGGAACCGCCGAGGAGAAGGCGCCGCUGUUCCCGACGGACAUAUUCACCCUCGAGGAACGUCGCCGGGGCGCCGUCGUACUCCACAUACUGGGUGUGAUCUACAUGUUCGUGGCGCUGGCGAUCGUCUGCGACGAGUUCUUCGUACCGUCGCUCGACGUGAUUAUAGAGAAACUCGAGAUCGCCGACGACGUCGCCGGGGCGACUUUCAUGGCCGCCGGCGGUUCAGCGCCCGAGUUAUUCACCUCGGUUAUCGGGGUCUUCGUCUCGUUCGACGACGUCGGCAUCGGCACCAUCGUCGGCUCGGCCGUCUUUAAUAUUCUUUUCGUUAUCGGUAUGUGCGCACUGUUCUCGAGGACCGUACUCACCCUCACGUGGUGGCCCCUUUUCCGCGACUGCACAUUCUACAGCGCCAGUCUUAUCACUCUGAUUUACUUCUUUCGCGACAACUAUAUCCACUGGUACGAGGCUCUCGUGCUUUUCGGAUUCUACCUCGCUUACGUUAGCUUCAUGAAGUGGAACCAGCCCAUGGAGAAACUCGUUAAGAGGAUACUUUACAGGAACAAAGUCACUCGCGUCAGGUCCACCGAUCAGCUCAUGCCAUCCCACCAGAGCGCCGCCCAGGCAUUGCAGCAUCCAAACGCGACAAACAGCAGCGAGACCAGCGUCGGCGGCGUUUCCGGCGCCUGCGGAAGCAGCGGGGUCCCAGCCUCAGCAGCAGAGGCUGGAUGCAGCAGCAGUCGCGGGGGCAGCAGCAGCGGCCACGGUGGAGACGGAACGAGCGGCAUCGGAGGCGGCGUCGGGGGCGGUGGACAAACGACGGGUCACACGACGCGCGAAAGUCACGCCAAGUUUCGUCACGGUUUGCUACAGCUGAUGAUCCACACUAUCGACCCGCUCCACGACGGUCAGUCCCGCACCGGCAAGGUGGACGAGAAGGCGACCCAACUUCACGCGAUAGCCUCGCUCAAAGUUCUCCUCGAUGCAACGAGGCCGCAAAACGGAGCGGCGACAUCGACAGCCGCGCAUUAUUCCGGGUCCGCGUCCAAGGAAACGACCCUGCAACUGCAGCAGGGAUCGCAGGGGACGACGACGACCACGACGACGACCGCCGGCACGACAGCGGGAAUCCAGGAACUUCCUAAUGGCGGUAUCGCCUCCGGCCUCGACGCCGGCCUCGAGUCGGGUGAAGAGGACGAGUCACCAGAAGCUCUGGACAUGGGGUGGCCGAGCAACAAUCGGAAAAGGCUGACGUACAUCUUGGUUGCACCAAUUCUCUUCCCAUUGUGGCUGACGUUGCCAGACACUCGCACACCUAGAGGUAAGAAGUUUUUUGCGGUGACGUUCAUCGGUUCAAUAUUCUGGAUCGCCGCGUACUCUUACCUGAUGGUUUGGUGGGCCAACGUCGCCGGUGACACGGUACGAAUACCGCCGGAAGUGAUGGGCCUGACGUUCCUAGCCGCUGGUACGAGCAUCCCGGACUUGAUAACCAGCGUGAUCGUUGCCAGGAAGGGUUUCGGUGACAUGGCCGUGUCCAGUUCGGUCGGCAGCAAUAUAUUCGACGUUACUGUCGGACUUCCGGUGCCGUGGCUCCUCUACGGUCUGAUAUACGGUAAGCCGGUGGAGGUGAACUCGGUCGGCAUGGUUUGCAGCAUAGCGAUCCUGUUCUGCAUGCUGAUAUUCGUGAUAUUGAGCAUCGCCUGUUUCCGGUGGCGGAUGAACAAGGGCCUUGGUUUCACCAUGUUCCUUCUGUACUUCGUAUUCGUCGCGGUAUCGCUGAUGUUCGAAUAUGAGGUCUUCGUCUGCCCGGUAUAGGAAACUGACGGAAUCAUCUCGGCCAAUCAACCGAAUCAACCGAAUCAACCAACCAACGAACCAGCCAACCACCCAACCAACCGAUCAUCAUCGCCAACAACCUUCCGACCCUGCUUACAUAGCCGUCUUCGAAACAACCGCAAUUGCUGUAUCGCGACAACGUUGGAAUCAUCGUAAGGCGAAAAAUAAAUAGAGAAGAAAAUAUACCGCAGUCACGUACUGCGCUCACGCAGGCCAACUGACUAACUAACUAACUUACUCACGUGAAAUAAUAAACAAUAAAUCGAUGCUCACAUCGAGAUCCGAAUAAGAUUAUCUCACGCAUUACUUGCGUCACUGCAGUCUGUAGUAAAAUAACGUAGAAUUUUGAUAAAUCGAGCCAACAAACAGGCAACUUUUCCUCCUGCGGUCAAGAGCAAAACGGAAUAUCCAUUGACGUGACGAUUAGAAAGAAAUUUUUAAUUUUGAACAGAAAAUAAAAUGAAAAUAAAUUUAAAAAAAAAAAAAAAAAAAAAAAAAAAAACAACGUGAAUAAAAUUGAAUGAGUUAAUCAUACGCGUGUAUAAAAAUAAAAUUCUAAUACUCAUCUAUUGUACCUAUCCUAGGUAUCCACAUGAUAUGAAUGAUAUAUCGACUUCGCGACUCGCAUAAUGAUACAUGCCACUAUGAUUUGAUU